AUGGCCUUCGCCGCAUGGCUGGCGGGCGAGGCGGUGCACGGCGCUGGGCAGGCCGCGCUGCUGUGGGCGGCACGCGGUGAGUGCCCGGCCUGCACGUGCGCGCCGGCCCUCACGUGCGCCCCGGGGCAGGAGGCGGCGCGCCUGGACUGCCCGGGCGGACCCCCUGGGUGGGCGCUGUCAGCGGUGGCCCUCGCUGGCGCGACCGGCUUCGCUGGAGGGGUCCUGGCCGCGCGGUGGCUGGGCUCCUGGCAGCCGAUCGCUGGCCCUCCGCCCAAGCCGUCGUUGGAGGAGGAGGCUAGAGCGCAGGCUGCCGGGCUCGACGAGGGCGACUUCAUCCAUGUGCUGUAUCGCGUGGGAGGCGCUCGGAUCUGGCACGAACGCUUGAUCCUGGCUUUUCCGACGGUGCCGCCUUUCGGGACAGGGACUCCAGAUGGGCACGCCUACGUGGAGGCCAUCAUGCAGAACGGGGCGGACAUAAUGGAGUACGCGAUUCCCGCCGGCGCCUCAGCUGGCGCCGUGGCGGCCGCCACAGCAGGGGACCAGGUCUACCGCUUCCGUGGACUCCCUCUUCCUGGCGAUGUCGCGACAGGUGCCGCCUCUGUCCGAGGCACUCUUGGGCUGGGCGCGGGACCGCCGAUCGCGCUGAACACGGCAGGGCGUGUCAUCGCGGCCGUGGUCGGCGCUCCGGCUGGCGCUGGGCCUGCGGGGGCCCCCGCUGCUGGCGAGCUGGCGCAGCCGCCCUUGUACCAGUGGCGGCAGCCCCUGCUCCUGCGGCUGGAGGUGCUCCAGUGGUCGCGCCCUUUGGCGGAGGAGGAGCGCCCCCAGCUGCUCCAGGCGCUCUCGGCGGCGCCGCCGUGGCCGUGCCUGCACCUGGGCCUGCCGCCGCCCCUGCGCCUGCUGUGGGUGGUGGCCUGGGUCCUGGUGGAGUGGCCGCGGCACUGGCCGCCAUCGCUGGCGCUCCUGGAGGCGACGCUCGGAUUCAGUCGGCACGCGAAGUGGGUCUCGGAGGGGUACCUUGAGGCGGACGAUCCUGGGGUCGAUACCCACUUGCUGUGCUGCCGCCUCCUCGAGCUUGGCGUGGUCUACGAUCAGCUCCACGUGACUAACGUCGCUGCCAUGGAGUUGGUCGGUCGGACUCUCCAGACUCAGGAGGAGCUGUGCCGAGACAGGUUCGCCGCGGCCUCGGAGUUCGGCUCAGACGUAGCUCUGAUGUCGGGUGCUCUGGACGCAGGCGGCAACGUGUGCGUGGCGCCGGCUCUGAGGGACUGGCUGGCCGCAGAGAAGGCACGCGAGGCCCACGCAGCCAAGGAGCGGCGCAAGGCGCGCGAGGGGCGGCUCCUCGCAGCUGGCGGCAGCUCUGGCGGCGGGGGCGGCAGCGAUGGCCGAGCUGUGGCUCACGAGGGGCAGCGCCAGGCCAUCAUGCGCAUCUCGGACAGCAUCGACGUGCUUGGGCGCCAGCAGUCAGAGUUCAUGUCUGGUAACGCUGCCGAAGACGGAGCCCUCAGGGAGCUCCUCUCUUGCGCCAACCUGUACGGGUCUGGCGCCGCGACGUCGGCCCCCUACGUCAGCGACAAAGUCGCAUGGCCCGCCGCAGGUGGGGCCCCAGUUGACAUCAUCGAGCUGGUGCCGCCUGUGGAUAAGGUCUGGCUGGAGGGUUGGCGGAGUCAUAUGCUUCGAGAUCCGCGUGCUGCUGCUGCUCUGGCUAGGGAGGCAUGCCCGAAGGGGCCUUUUUGCGAUCCCGCCCUGACGCGCGACGUGAGCACGUACGGUCGUUUUUUGAUUCAGAUGUACGAGAGGCAGAUGGUCAACUUCGCGGCGGACUCCGCUUUCAGUUCGAUCGAGGCGCCGAUCGAAGGCAUGUACAUGUCGACCUGCGACCUGGAGUGUGCAUUCUACCACAUGAGGCUCCCAGCGGGCAUGGAAGUGAUGUUCGCCUUGCCGCCGAUCAAGGCGGGGGCGCUUCAGGAGCUCGGCCUCAUCGACCGCGACUUCGACCCGUCGAUGUCGCUCUCGCCCCAGGUCCUUGUGCUUCCCAUGGGCUUUUCGUGGGCGCUGCAUCUUUGUCAGGCUGCCGCUCGCACUGUGCUUUCGGACGACGGCCACUCUCUGGAUCAGACCGCUCAGGAUGGUCAUCCUGGGGUUGACGUUGUCGAGAAGAGUGCCGUGGGGGUUGCCGCCUACGUCGAUAACAUCCUCGUCUUCGGCGGCAGCAAGUCCUUGGUGGAUCAGACUAUGGCCAGGCUGGUGAGCACCUUCAGGAGUCGCGGACUUCCAGUUCACGAGAUCGAGCCCGCUUCUCUGGAUGCCGACUUCCUUGGCCUCAGCCUCCGCGGUGGGAGAUAUCUUCGCAUCAAGGUUCGGAGCAUCUGGAGACUUCAUUUCGCGAUUUCAAGUUUGUUAAGGCGUGGAUGGUGCUCCGGCCACAUGCUUCGGGCGGUGCUUGGUCACAUCGCGUGGACGUCUAUGAUCCGCAGAGAGGUGCUCACCGUGCUUCACAGCUCCUAUGGCUACGUCGGCGCCUUCGGCCCGAGAUCCGACGGUAACUGGGGAUACUCUGUGGAGCACCUGGGCAGCUCGGGGAGUCACGCGUUGAAGAAUCCAGAGGACAUCCAGGAGGCCGGCACCUUGGGCGUCUACGGUAAGGACUUGGGCGUCCCGGUGGAACUCAACAUGACCGAGGCCCUGAGCUGGGUUGGUUCAGCGGCCACCGUCAUCUUAGUGAUGCUCGGACGCAUGGCCGGCGGCUGCGUCGCCCUCUUCGCCCUGCUCUGGCUGAUCACGAGGGCGGAGGCGAUGCCGCGACGGGGAUCGCGCACCCCUUCUGCCUUGACGAGACACCGCGCCAGCCUGGCUGCCAAAGCCGCGGGCGGGCGCACCAGUACUUUGGCCAUGGGCCUGCUGGAGCUGCUGGCGGUGAGACCGAACACAGAAGCCUUCUACCGGCAGCUACUACACAGUUUCGUGAGCUACUGUGCGGACCACCACCUGGACUGGAGCACUUUGGGCCAGUUGGACUCGAUCCUGGCGGAGUACUUCGCCGCGCGCUACCUGGAGGGAGCAGCUGCGAACGUCGGGUCCCAGACGAUAGCAGCCAUCUCGCAUUUUACCCCAGGCCUCCCGAGACAGAUGGGCACCAAGCUGCCGAGGGCCUCUCUUGCUAUGCAGGCUUGGAAGCGGCGCGCGCCCGCCUUGACCAGGCUCCCGAUCCCCCGGGCUGUGAUGUUUGCCCUGUGUGGGAUGCUGAUCGCCUGGCAGCAGCCUCAGAUGGCAGCUUGGUUGGCCAUCAGCUUCUCGGCAUACCUCCGACCUGCCGAGGCGCAGAGGCUGACGACCGACAGCAUCGUGCAGCCGUCGAUAGGCGCGGGCGCCGCGCACCAGUUCUGGGGCCUCCUGCGGCACCCCGCAGACCGCGGCCAGGGCGGGAAGACGGGGUCGUUCGACGAGUCGAUCCUCUUCGAUCUCGAUUUGUACCUCGUGCCGGUCCUCAUGGCGCUCCGCCUGAAGGGGCCUGUCGCGACGCCUCUGUGGGGUUUCAGUCUUGGCCAGCUGAACCAGAUGUUCAGUCUUGCUGCAACGGCCCUGGGCAUCAACCACCUGCGCCCCCACUUGUACGGGAUGAGGCAUGGCGGAGUGAGCGACGACCUCUUGACGCAGAGGCGAUCGAUGGAACAGGUGUUCCGCAGGGGCCGCUGGGCCGUCAUGUCGUCGAUGCGGCGCUACGCGAAGGAGACGGCUCCUCUGCGCGAGCUUCAGGGCGUGGCGGAGGACGUGUACGCGCUCGGCCACCUCGUGGAAGGGCGAUUUUGCGAGCUGCUGGAGAUGGGGUUCAUCAGGAGCGGAUGCCUCGCCCAGGUGCCCUCCCGGCUAGCGGAGGCGAUGCAGCUAGGACACCUCGCCGCCGCGGUGCGCCGACUCGGCCUUUCGGGUCUGGGGCUCGACAUCAGGCGGGAGGCGCAGACAGGCGACGAGGAGGACUACAUCGCCACGCGCGUCUCGUACCUGCUGGACUUCACGGGUCCCUCCAUGAACGUGAACUCGGCCUGCUCCUCGGCGCUCGUCGCCUGCGUCCAGGCUGCAUCAGCAAUCUACGCUGGCCAGUGCGAUGCGGCUGUGGCGGGAGCUUCUUCCAUCACGUUCCCGAACCUCGGCUACCUCUAUCAGGAUGGCCUCGUCGCAUCCACCGACGGGUACGUGCGGCCGUUCGACGCCCGGGCGGAGGGCACGGUGUUCGGGGACGCGGUCGGGUCGGUCGUGCUGCGGAGGACGGACGACGUCAGCGGCGGGCUGGCUUGGGGCGCCCUGCGCGGCUUCUCGGUGACCAACGACGGCGGACAGAAGGCGGGCUACGCCGCGCCAUCGCCCGCGGGCCAGAGGGAGGCCAUCGUCAAUGCGCUGGAGAUGUCCGGCCUGGAGCCGUGGUCGCUGUCCUACAUCGAGUGCCACUGCACUGGCACGAAGGUUGGUGACGGCAUCGAGAUCCGCGGGCUCCUGAACGCGUUCUCGAGGGCUGGCGGCGCUGCGAAGGAGGGCCAUCCCGGGGUGGCGCUGGGCUCUGUGAAGGGCAACAUCGCGCACGCCAAUUGCGCGGCUGGCGUCACUGGGCUCAUCAAGGUACUCUACAUGCUGCGCAGUCAGCAGCUCGUGCCAGUGGCUAACUUUGAGAAGCUGAACCCCAAGAUUGAUUUCUCAGGCUCGCCGAUGUUCGUGAACAACGAAUCCUGCAGUUGGGACGGGCGGGGCAGCACCCUGCGCACAGGCGUCAGCUCCUUCGGCAUCGGGGGCACCAACGCCCACUGCGUGCUUGAGGAGAUCCCGCAGGACCCGCUGUGCAAGUGCGGGGCCAUGCUGCUCUCCAACAUGCCAAAGAAUGAGGAGCCCUCUGAGGAUGACCCGCAGCUCAUGCGUAUCGUCCAGGGGUUGCAGGGGCUCCUGGGAGGCCCGCAGUUGGAGGUAUUCAAGAAGCAGUACAUUACAGCCGCUGACGGAGGCGAAGACGACGAUGAGGAGACGGGCGCCGACCGUGGGACCCAGCUAUCUCAGCAAGCCAGCCUCGCCAAGCGGUCCAUGCAAAGGGCCACCGCCUAUAAGGAUGAAUGCCAGAAGCGUGUCGACCAGCUACGUGAAGAGUUGGAGCAAGCAGAAGAUUCCCUCGCCGUCGCCGUGGUUCAAGAAGCAGCAGCCACGGAGACGGCCGCCACCAAGUCCAGGGAGUGGGCGGCCAUGGUGCGCCCAGAGGAGGGCGCUGCGGAGGCACCAGUGCCCGCGCCCCCAGUCGCUGGCGCCGCGACCAUGGGCGAGGCCGAGCAGCGCAUCUUCGCCCAGUUCCUCGCCGCCAGCCCCGCCAUCGCAGGACACCUUGGCAUCCAGGUGCCAGGCGGGGCCGCGGGGGGCGCCCCCGCGCCAGCCGCCGCCGCCGAGGCCCCAGGCGCCCCAGCCCCAGGCGGCCUGGCGCCACCUGGGCCAGCGGCGGCAGGCGUGGCGCCCGCCCCAG